AUGACAUCACAACAACAGCAAUCUCAGAUGGCGCUACAAGCUCGCCAGCGAAACUUCCAGUUUCUAGCAGCGAGGAGGCAGCAGCAGGCUCAAUCCCAAACAACGGGACAGCCAAUGGGUCGAUCAAUGGCCACGGCUUAUGACUACCUUCCAAUUGUAGAGCCAAGCGAUCUGGGCUGGAUAGGCGGAAAGCCAGCAUACAUCAUCUCCUUCGAAUCCGCCUGUCGCACUGGAUCAGUAUCUACCAUUCAAUCCGUCACCACCUCCCAAGAACUCACUCCAAUUACGCUCCACAAUGGUCUGGUAGCUACUCUGCGCGCCGGCCAUGUAGGAGCUACAAGAUGUCUCCUCCAACUUGGCACACUGAUUACACCUAGAACGGCCGAGAACAUUCUCUUCGCCCCAAUGGAUCGACAAGUUCCCCUCUUCGAUCUCCUAGCGCACCAUGGCUGGGAUCCCAAUACGCCAGAUCGAAAUGGCGCUCCCUUACUCCCUCGAGUAGUGAAAAACAUUCACCUGCUUAAAUGGUUCCUAGACCACGGAGCAAACCCCAAUCUAGGUUCGCAGGAGCAUCCCACCUUCUGCAAAGCCGUCGAAGCCGCUGCGGAGACUGGAACCGUGGAAGCAGUGCGAAUGUUACUCGAUGCCGGUGCCCAUAUGGACAAUGGGGGCCCGUUGUACUAUGCAGCGGGUGUGUGUCCACCAGGAGAGAAUCCGUACAUGGGGACUGUCAGUCCCAGUACUGAUUUCGAUGAAGAUCGGAUUGCAGUGAUGGAGCUCCUUGUGGAGCGGGGAGCGAAUGUAAAUCAGAAGCUUGAAACCAGACAUAUGGUUCCGGGUUAUCCUCUUGUGAUUGCGGUUAUGGCUGGAGCUGUGGGACGGGUAAAAUGGCUUUUGGAGCAUGGGGCGGAUGUGAGACUAAAAGGGGCGUUUGGUAGUGCUGUUGACUAUGCGAACGGUAUGGGCAGUGAUGAGAUGAAGAGGGUUAUAGGGGAUGCAGUAGAAAGGCUAGGAUAA